UUACUCCAGAAAGCUCCUGCACACAUAGCUGAUACGCCACCUACUGCAAAGCUGAGCUGACAGCGCAGGCGACGCUGCUAGCAUUUCCAUUCCACUGCCAGACUGGGACUGAAUAAAGGCGUGUGUGUGCAGUAGUGUUUCUUUUUUAAAAAAAUCUCAAAGCCAAGAAGAACAAACUGAAAUAACAGCUUCAAGAAUGGAGCGUAAAAUAAUCAGAAGAGAAAAAGAAAAGGAAUAUGAAGGGAAACACAACAGCCUGGAAGACACUGAGCAAGGAAAGAACUGCAAAUCUACACUGAUGACCCUCAAUGUUGGUGGAUAUUUAUAUAUUACGCAAAAACAAACACUGACCAAGUACCCAGAUACUUUCCUUGAAGGUAUUGUAAAUGGGAAAAUUCUCUGCCCAUUUGAUGCUGAUGGACAUUACUUUAUAGACAGGGAUGGGCUCCUCUUCAGGCAUGUCCUAAACUUCCUACGAAAUGGAGAACUUCUACUGCCCGAAGGGUUUCGAGAAAAUCAACUUCUUGCACAAGAAGCAGAAUUCUUUCAGCUCAAGGGACUGGCAGAAGAAGUGAAAUCCAGGUGGGAAAAAGAACAGCUAACACCCAGAGAGACUACUUUCUUGGAAAUAACAGAUAACCAUGAUCGUUCUCAAGGACUGAGAAUCUUCUGUAAUGCUCCUGAUUUCAUUUCAAAAAUAAAAUCUCGAAUUGUUCUGGUAUCCAAAAGCAGGCUGGAUGGAUUUCCAGAGGAGUUUUCAAUAUCAUCAAAUAUCAUUCAAUUUAAAUACUUCAUAAAGUCUGAAAAUGGCACUCGACUUGUACUGAAGGAAGACAACACCUUUGUCUGUACCUUGGAAACUCUUAAGUUUGAGGCUAUAAUGAUGGCGUUAAAGUGUGGGUUUAGACUGCUGACCAGCCUGGAUUGUUCUAAAGGGUCAAUUGUUCACAGCGAUGCACUUCAUUUUAUCAAGUAAUUACCUGUCUCACAAACAAAGGCAACAAGCAUGCAGCCAGCAAGCUUCGGAAAACCACAGCAUCAAAGGCAUCCCAAAUAAUGUGCUCAGCUAGCUCUGCACCACAGAGCCUUGCUGCUAAUCAAGUACUGUGAGCUAACGGUAUGUAAAUUCUAUCACUAAAGAUGUCCUUCUCUGGGGUGCUCCUGCUGUUCAGACUCUUUCUCCUAAAAUGAAAACAGUAAUCAUCUAUAUAUUGUAAAUAAAAACUGAAUGCUUUUGUUAUUUGUUUAUUUUUCCUUAGCUGUCUUUCAAUCACCAUGUCUUGGUACUUGUACAAAAAGCAAGCAUGCAUAUUAUGUAUAGUUCAUUUAAAUAAAUGAUAAUGAAAUAUUUUAAGAGGCUGUAGGAUUUAACAUCCUAUUUAUGGCAAAAAUCUACAAAGAAACUGAACUGAUAAAAUUAACCACUGAGCAAAACAGAUGUGCAGCUCUACCUAAAGCAGAGCUAUAGUGAAAUAAAAUAUUGUAAAAAGGUAUUAAAGCUAUUCAUUUGAUUCUUAAUAGCUGGAACCAAAAGCUUAUUCACAGUUCUUGUAUUUCAUACUAAAAUUAUAGCUGAAUUGAUAUUUUGAUGAAAAUUCCUAGAAAACUGUUGAUGACAAUAAAAAAUAAAUAACACUGUCAGCUUCUUUGCUUGUAUAAAUAAUUAUAAUAAAAAGUUAAAUGUGUCACUUUAAAAAUAAAUAGUACCACUUGAUGAUUUUGCAUAACACCUAUAUUAUACAUUGAUGUAACUCAUGACAAGCUAUAAUAGCUCUCGCUGGUCUUUGGUCUUGCAAGUGACAAAAAUUAGCAAAUUCAUUUCUUUGUAUAACUGCGCUCCAAUAUAACAUGGAUAACUUAAUUUCAACAGGGUACAUGGCAUCAGAAUAAAGGAGUCCAUUUUCA